AUGAAGACUCCGCGUUUGAAACCCUUCUACGGCGGCCUGCUCCAGCAAGCAGCAGCUCGCCGCGUUCCUCAGCCAAUUCGCGCGAGAUGCCUCUCCACGCCGCGCAAUGACAAACGAUCCAAGGAGCCUCAGGCAGGCCUCACCACGCCAGUCCCCGAGGAUGCAAAACCCGUGAAGUCCAAGUCCCCCUUCUACUUCGAGGCCGGAUACGCGCUGUUCGCCAAGAGGCCCUCGAGACCGUUCCCGCCGCCUUUCCUCUCGUACCCCUCCGGCUCCUUUUCCGAUCCCUUGAGCACGCAUAACAAGAGCAGGGACCGUAGGCCGAGCGUCGAUGGGGACAUGAUCAGGGGGAUCACCAAUGGUGAUGAUGCUGUACUGGUCAGCGACAACUUCAUCGGCGCAAACGACGGUGUUGGAGCCUGGGCGCAUAAGGAGAGGGGUCACGCAGCACUGUGGUCACGGCUGAUCCUCCACUUCUGGGCCAUCGAAGCCGAGAAAGACUCCUACGGCGGCUCCUCUGAACCAGACCCGGUGGCCUACCUCCAGAGGGCUUACGAGCGUACCAAAGAAGCGACGUCCGAGCCAAAUCAAUGGCACGGCACUACGACAGCUUGCGGUGCGCUGCUAGGUUCGGACAAUGAAAAUCCGCCUCAUCCCGUCCUCUACGUCACUCAGCUUGGCGACUCGCAGGUCCUUGUGCUACGUCCCAAAGCCAACGAAGUUAUCUUCAGGACCGAGGAGCAGUGGCAUUGGUUUGACUGUCCCCGCCAGCUUGGUACCAACAGUCCCGACACGCCGGACAAGAACGCGGUUAUGGAUCGUGUCGUGAUAGAAGAGGACGAUGUUGUGCUAGCCAUCUCAGACGGUGUGAUCGACAAUCUCUGGGAGCACGAGGUUUUGGAAAGCGUUGUGAAAAGCCUCAAGAAGUGGGAGGAUGGUGAGGCUGAGAUACAGAAGACCACGGAUUCUGGAGAAAUUGGCUAUGCGGAGGUCAUGAAGUUCGUUGCGCAAGAGCUGGUCAAGGCUGCGAGGGUUAUUGCUGAAGAUCCAUUUGCGGAGAGUCCUUACAUGGAGAAGGCUAUUGACGAGGGCUUGUCUAUCGAAGGAGGCAAGCUUGAUGAUAUCAGCGUUGUAGCCGCGCAAUGCAAGAAGCGAAACGUCUGA